GCACGCCUGGUUUCUUCUCUUCUUUUCUCAAUCGUUGACUCACUACUCACAGACGAGCGCCAUCCGGAUCUCCGUAUUUCUGCGAUUCGAGUUCUGGCCUGUCUUGCCUGUCGGAUGUCGGACAAAGACAAAUUGCCGCAGCUAGUCCACCGUCUGGAUCAGCUUCUUUCAACUUGUAGCACUUCGACGAGACAUUCGCUUCAUCAAUUACCCGGCUCGUCUCCGCAUCAACAUCGUCUUCUUGACUCUAGACUUACCGAUCAAGUUGGCAAGAAUGUCUCAUCGUCUCAUGGCAAUCUGGCCGACCAACCGUCUGGAUCGUCGGGCAGACUUCGAUAUUUGGGAUGCUCUCUUUUUCUUGAACGAUCAUGCCAAAGAGCAGCGCGAGACUGGCUUCUGCCCACCGUUGCGCAUUGGUGCUUGGAGGCGAGUUGUUUGCAUACUGUGCUGCUGUCCAUGUGGCUCGGUCGACUUCUUCCAGUCUCUUCCAAAAAACAGACGGUAAGGAGUUUGGAGCCUUACAAGCAAAUGUUGAUUAUCGUCGGUAUGGAAUAG